CAUGAUAUAAAAGGAGCCUCCCUGGCUUGCCAGAGAUAAGGUGAGGGGCUGGCUGGCAGUAGGCCAACAUGUCAAACAGCAGCGUUCACUGGGAAGCUCGGGUUCUCCCCGCAGGUCCACCACGCCUGCUUGGAUGGAACGUCCCUGCUGAAGAACUGAUACAUAUUCCUGAGCACUGGCUGGUCCACCCGGAGCCAAACCCCUCCCUUCACUACCUGCUGGCUCUCCUCUAUAUUUUGUUCACCUUUGCCGCUCUCCUCGGCAAUGGACUUGUCAUCUGGAUAUUCUGCGCGGCCAAGUCACUACGUACUCCAUCUAAUAUGUUUGUGGUGAAUCUGGCAAUCUGCGAUUUCUUCAUGAUGCUUAAGGCCCCCAUUUUUAUUUACAACUCUUUCAACACAGGCUUUGCUUUGGGCCAUCUAUAUUGCCAAAUAUUUGCUUUUGUCGGUUCGUUAUCCGGCAUAGGCGCCGGUAUAACCAAUGCUGCGAUUGCGUAUGACAGAUACAGUACCAUUGCUCACCCCUUGGAUGGAAAACUGUCUCGGGGUCAGGUGUUACUGUUCAUUGUACUGAUAUGGCUCUACACUUUGCCAUGGGCACUCAUGCCCCUGAUGGGAGUGUGGGGAAGAUUCGUACCCGAGGGAUUCCUGACGAGUUGCACGUUUGAUUAUCUUUCUGAUACCAACGAGACGCGUUACUUCUUCUUGACCAUAUUUACUUUCUCUUAUGUCAUCCCAAUGUCGCUCAUUCUUUAUUACUACAGUCAAAUUGUUAGCCACGUGGUUAACCACGAGAAAGCUCUAAGGGAACAGGCCAAGAAGAUGAAUGUUGAGAGUCUCAGAAGUAACGCAAACACCAAUGCUCAGAGCGCAGAAGUGCGCAUUGCAAAGGCCGCAAUCACUAUCUGCUUCCUUUACAUCCUCGCAUGGACUCCAUAUGCUGUAACAGCAUUCAUUGGGACGUAUGGGAAUAAGGCAUUACUGACACCAGGUGUGACGAUGCUUCCAGCAUUGACCUGUAAAACUGUUGCUUGUUUGGAUCCGUACGUUUACGCCAUCAGUCAUCCUAGAUACAGACUAGAGCUGCAGAAAAGACUGCCGUGGUUGGAACUCCAGGAACAGGCUGUCAACGAUAGCGUCAGCACCACAACGGAAGCUGUGAACGCACCCUCGCCAGCAAGUUAAGCUAGUAUUCCCAUAAAAGAAAAACUGAAGUUAGUAAAGUUUUAAUCCUCAACUGGCAUCGUUAUCGAGGUACAUGUGCUUGUGUUGAAAAAUUGGAUACCAGUUGGGGAUUAGUCUGCCGUCUAAAAUAAAUUCUGACAAAUUGGCUUGUCUAAAGGACCAUGAAGAUUAAUUAAUUAUAUUCUAUACCUAAAAUUGUGUGACUGUCCAUUGUAACAAAAAGUUACGUUACUAAAAUAUGUAUUUUAAUGCUGGUUGAUUAUCAAACAAACAUUUCAAUGUUGGAAAUGCCGUCUUGGCGUUGCAUUGAUCUGUUAGAUGACAAGCUGGGUUUGUUUAAAAAAAAAGUCUAAAACUCAUCGUCUUAAUUGUUCAUUGUAUUUGUAAGUAUUUUAUUUUUAAGUAAUGGGCAUGAAUAUUUGAUAUUGUUGCUCGAUAUUGAAUACAAUAUUCGGGGACGAAAAAUAAUCGUAUUUAGAAUUGUUAAAUAAUUACAUUGUAUCAACAUUGCCUUUCCAGGCAACUGCAAUAAAGCUAUUCCUGAGCAUUCCAAUUCGA